AUGCUCCUCUCAUUCCUUUUCUCCAUUAAGAUCUCGACUACCCAGUUACUUCUCCCUUCUCUAAGGUGCCUUCUUCCUUCAACACUUACCUCCUACACUUCUCCACGAUCUUUUAGCAAGGUGGGGAUUCUCGAUUUCGUCUUCACCGGAGCCAGAGCCCUGCCAGAACUCCUUCGAAGCCGACUUGUUAAGGUCGAAGUCUCGGUGGUGGCUUGUACACAAGAAGAGGUGAACAAAGUAAUAGAAAUGACAAAAGUUGCACAAAAGGCAAGGGCAAAAACUCCGUUCUGGAAGCGUGCCGAGCUUCUUCACAAAGCAGCCACUAUACUGAAAAAGCACAAAGCCCCAAUUGGAGAGUGUUUAGUGAAAGAAAUUGCAAAACCAGCAAAAGAUUCUGUUGCUAAGGUAGCUAUUAACUUCUACUGA